AUGAAGUGUUUCGCGUAAGUUUUCUGAAUAUUUCACAAGUUUCAAUAAAAAAAAUCAUACUCUUAGUGUCAUCUUCGCCCUCUUCGCUGCUGCUUCAGCUCAACUUGCUGCAUGGCCAGCAACCUCAUACUCUCCAUUCUAUCAAGCUUUGUACAGUGGAGCUGCAGCUCCAGCUUAUGCUCCAGCAUAUGCUGCAGCUCCAACUUAUGCGGCCUCCCCAGUUGUCGCUGCGGCUGCCCCAGUUGUUGCCGCUGCCGCUCCAGCUGUUGUCCCAGCUUAUUCUCCAUUCCAAACUGCAGCUUACUUCUACGGAUCGAACAAAGGAAAGAGCGGAGUCAAGGCAUAA